AUGUCUCGCGCAUCUGGGGCGAGUUUCGCACAAUUCUUUCCAUCGGCUCCUCGAGCUGCGAAAGACAAAGCAAAGGAGAGGGAAAAGUCAAAGGCACAGCAGGCAGAUUCGCCUACCACCCUUUCUGUCACUGAUACCCAAAUUAAUGCGAAAGCCUUAACUGACAAUGCUUCUAUUACACGUCUUUCAGAAGAUAUAUCAAUUCCAAUUGCGGAUCCUCCUACCCUGACGACAGAAGAUAACGAAUCUGUACAAGGCGAUAUUUUGAAUGGUGUAGGCUCAGCCAGCUCACAUUCAAGCUCUGGAUCAUCCCUUUUCAGUGUCAACAAUCAGCUUUACAACAGCAUGCAAGCAUCUGCUGGCUCUCGAAAUAUCAACGAUUUAACACCAUUGACAAAUGCCGACUCAUCACCCAAUGGUGUUGCAAGUCCUGGCAAUGCCAAGGCUGAUAUGCCUGUCACCGCUACAACUCGCGCCGCUCUUGAUAAUACAAAAUCUCGGCAUGCCGUUGCUAUACCCAAUUCUGCCCCGGCAGAGCAUACUUCCACCGAGCCACGAGUCCUCGCUCGAGACCCAGCACGAGGCGUAAAGGGGAAAAAAUGCACAUAUGAUCCCUUCCACGAUCCUCAUAUACAUUCGACGAAAGAGAAACAUAAUCGCCGCCCACAUUAUAAGGAGUUUGGUUUGAAAGAUGACGCUCCCCCAGCGGAUCCGCGGUUAGCGAAAGGAAGCAGAUUGUCGUAUAUCAAUACCGAUUAUCAUAAUGCGUUAUCGCGACUCAACCAUUCGCCGUUUAUGCUGCCAAAGUACAAAUAUAAUCCCAAAACUCAUUAUGGACCUGGCCCACCAACGGAAAUUGUUGUUACUGGAUAUGAUCCAUUAAUAAAUUUUAUGAAGGUCACUAAUGUUUUUACUCAUUAUGGACAAAUCGCAGAGAGCAGUAAUAAACUACAUCCAGAGACAGGAAGUUGUUUGGGCUUUGGCACAUUUCGAUAUCGAGAUACUAAAAGGAAGGAUGGUACAAUUUUGACAGCGGCAGAGGCUGCCAAGAAAGCCGUCAUGAGAGGUAGCAGUGUGGUAGGGCUGGGACCGAGAAUCAAGGUUCAAUUCGAUCCGCAGGGAAAACGCAGUACUCGCAUGCUUGAGAAUGCUUUGGAAAAGUCGAAACCCGAACCUUUACCUUUACCGCCCAAGGAGCCACCACCUCCCCCUAAGCCUGAAGUUGUCAAAUCCUCAGGACCCCCGCCAAGUGCCCCCAAAGGACCUGCUGCCCUCUCUGGCAGGCCACAGUUUAGACCAGGCAGCAUAGUACAAGCUGCGAUUCCUACGAAACCGCGCCAGCAGACAUUGAUCGAGGAUGAACCAAUUGCGCAACAACUCGAGGAUGAGCCCUAUAUUUUUAUUUCGAAAGAUUAUGUUCCUGUUAUUCCAGCGACAAUCCUCCAUCUGAAAAAGCGGCUUAAGAACCAUUUCCUGGAGGACGUGAGAGUUGAUAGAACAGGUUAUUAUGUGGUCUUUGCGCUUAGUGACGAGGGGAGAUUUGAGGCAGACAGGUGUUACAAUUCUUGCAAUGGCACUGCGCUGUUCUCAUAUGAAAUGAUUAUGAAGUUAUACUUAUGGGGCACUGGAGGUCGACGACAUGAACAUCGCGAUCGCGCAUCCGAAAGAGGUCAUCACCGUCGCACUCGAAGUCCUGACCCGCGCUUGACUGAGCAGAAAAGGAGGAAGGAGAUUGAGGAGAUCAGGAAGGAAGAAGAGGCUGAUCUUGAGGACGAGAAGCGAGAACGGGCAAAGAACUUCGAUCCUGCACGCGAAGCUAUUGAAGUCAUCAAACGAGAGUUAAUGACACAUUUAAUGGACAAGGUGAAGGAGCGGAUAGCAAAUCCUUGUCUGCGAAAUUUUAUGGAUCCAACUAAUCAUGUAGCAAAACGACGCAAGUUGAAUAUCCAUGAUCCUAAUGCCAAGACGUCCUUCAUCGACGACGAGGAAGAUCAGGAUAAUAGUAACGCUAUUGCUACACCCAACUCACGGAUUGAGGACCGCAAUUCCCUAACUGCAGGGAAGGUUAAUGUUACUGCUCUACCUAGGAUUCGAAAAAGGGCGAAGGCGGAAAAGAAUCGCAACGUUGGAUUUACUGAUCCCUUCGCCAGGCCCACCCGGAAAGCUUACGUCCGACCCAUGCAUUUCCUCAUUGGUAGGGAGGAUGAAGAUUCCGAUGAUGACAAUGAAGCUCGUUCCAGGACAAGAGGUACUGAAGAGGUUGAGUCACACCCGAGAAGUCGUGUGGGUACUGACGAUGAAGCUUCUGAUGAUGAUACGGAUUCCAUGAGCCGAAAUGUGAAGGAGAGGUCCCAGUCAUUGGACACUCGAGAUGGGGAGUCUGCAAGUGAAGUCAAUUUCUCUGAACCUGCCGUAUCAACGAAGAAGAGAAAACUUGAUUUGCAUAUGGAAGCUGCGAAAAAGCGACAGAAGAAAACCGACGAGGAACUCUUUGGUGUGCCUGUGGCGAAGAUUGAGCCCCUUUCAGAAACUCCCACUGAGGCAGGUAUUUCUGAGCUUGACGGAUUCCAAAAGACAGAAUCCGAGACAGAAGCUGCUUUGGCUGCUGUGGCGGCUAGAAAGAAGGCAGCAAAAUCGGCAAAGAGGAAGAAGUCCAAGAAACAGAUUUUCGAAGAAAGGGAGGCUCUUAAAAGACAACAACUGGGUACUACGGAAGAUGAGAUUAUUCCAGAAGAAGUUGAUGAGGAGUCUGAAUUCGAGGAAAACAUUGUCGAUACAGCUCCCGUGGUAACAUCUGUCAAAUGGGGCAUCUCUAGUGAUGCACCCUAUCCCACUGUCGACGAUGACUUUGAUAAUAUUCUUGAUAUUGACGGGCUACAAAAUAUCCUCAAGGAUGACGAAGACGCUGGACCCGCACUCAAAAUUUUCAAGACGGAUUUCAAACUUAGCGAUCCUGCUACCUGGGCAUGGAGACAAGGGCAAAUCAAGUCACUUAAUCGUAAUGGAUACAAAGGCAUUGUUAAAGAUGAGACAACUAUACCUGGAUACUACGUGGAGACUUCGACUGGCUGUGCUCGUACUGAAGGUACGAAGAAGAUCCUGAAUUCCGAAAAGUCUCUCUAUCUUCCUCAUCGUAUCAAAGUUCAAAGGGCACGUGAGGAACGUGAAGCACAAGCGAAACGAGCCGGUAAAGAUGUUGUCGCAGAAGCAGCAGAGGCAGCUAAGAUUGCGGCAGAGAAGUUACUUGCCCGUACAUCUGGUCGUGCCACCCGUGUCAACAAUCGUCGUUAUGUGGCCGAUCUCAAUGAUCAGAAGAAGACUCUUGGUGGUGAUACUGAUGUCUUGCGUUUCAAUCAACUCAAGAAACGUAAGAAGCCUGUCAAGUUCGCUCGUUCUGCUAUUCACAAUUGGGGUCUAUAUGCCAUGGAGAACAUAGCGAUGAAUGAUAUGAUCAUUGAGUAUGUCGGUGAGAAGGUUCGACAACAAGUUGCAGAUCUUAGAGAAAAUAGAUAUCUCAAGAGUGGUAUUGGAAGUAGUUAUCUGUUUAGAAUCGAUGAAAACACGGUCAUCGAUGCAACAAAGAAAGGUGGUAUCGCAAGAUUCAUCAAUCAUAGUUGUAUGCCCAACUGUACUGCGAAGAUCAUCACGGUGGAGAAGAGUAAGAGAAUUGUCAUUUAUGCGCUGCGUGAUAUCGCACAGAAUGAGGAACUCACCUACGAUUACAAAUUCGAGCGUGAGAUUGGUAGUACAGAUCGUAUUCCAUGUCUCUGUGGUACACCGGCGUGUAAAGGAUUUCUUAACUAA